AUGAGCCAUUUCCUGUACUCUUCAACACCUAAAAUUAGACGCAAAUCAACUUCAUCCGCGACUGCAACAACAUCCGCAACCACCACAGUUUCUUCACGCAAACAUAUGGUAACUUCACCACCUAAAGCAACAACAACUAAAAUGCAUGGAGCUAAAUCUCCAUUUUCACCAAAAUCGCAAGCCACCUCUACAACAACAUCCCCACGGCCAGAGCCCACAAUCAUCAAACGAAGAAAUUCAUCCUUUGCAAAUACUUCAUCCCCUUGGUUUAGGCGAAACUCAUUUUUGUCUCCUACAAUGAUCCAAAAUGAAAACUUUAACGUUUACGAAUCAGGAAAUUCAUUUUACUCUGGUAUGGGUGGUCAAUUUGCCUCAAAUUAUUCUAUUAUUUCAUUACGUGAAUGUCAAGGAUUCAUAUUCAAUCAAGAUUUAUUUGCUACUCCUUAUCAACAAGUACGAUCGCAAGCUAAUGCAAAAAAGUAUAGAUCGAGUUUUUCUCAAAGGGGAAUUAGUGGUGGUGGAAGCAGAAAGUGUCGUGAUGGGGAGUAUGAACGGAGACAUACUAGUUAUCAUUCACCACGGCCACAAUUUGAUCAUUCUACAGUUUCGGAUAAUGCGAUUGUGGAUGAUGAUGAUGAGGAGGAGGAGGAACAUGAAAAGCAUGGAGAGGUUGAUGAUGAGGAAAUGUUUGAUGCUAAUGAGGAUUUUAUAUCUAAUGAAGCUAAGAGUGACAAAGAAGGAACAAGAGAGGGAAAUGCGCUAGAUGCGGAGGAAGAUGCGGAAGAAGAUGAGGAGGAGGAGGAGGAUGAAGACGAGGGGGAAGACGAAGACGAGGGAGAAGAUGAUGAAGAUGAUUAUAGAGAGAUGCAUGAGUACGGAGGCGAUUUCAAUAAUAGACGAUACAAGGUUCGUGUAACUGAAAUUGUUGUUGAUGAAAAUGAAGAUUAUGAUAUAUUUCCAACGUCAGAAGUAUGA